GAGGGCGCAGCUUCGCAAUUACAUCGGCGGAAAAGAGAAGGGGGACGGGGAGAGAUAGAGAGACAAGGAGAAAAAUAUUAAUCUGUCAAAGGCGAAUUUAUGCUUGAGGAUGAACGCGCUCUGACGUUCAACUGACCGUAACGAGGCUCGCAGGCGGAGCGCAAAUUAAUGCACAGGAAUUUCAGAUCAAACCGAUGCGCCUCCGUGGCAGGUGGUGCUUGUAUAAUCUUCCACGGUCUCGCCACUUGUCUUUGCUGCCUGAUCUGCACGACGUUUCAGCACUGGACAGCGACCGGCACCAUCGGACACUGAGAACACCGAGGGAAUCCUGAGGCGGGUCGGUGCGACCCUCGCUUGGCUUGGGGCAACGCGCGGCUAGAUGACUUCACUACAUCAACAAGCACAACGGUAGUCCUGGACUAAUAUAGCAGCGCAAUACCCCCCUUCCUCCUCUUUCUCCUCCUCCUCCCUACUCUGCCCAUUCGCUGAUCCCGAGUCCUGCGUCUAAAGGCACCAUGGGAAAUCGUGGCAUGGAGGAGCUGAUCCCGCUGGUCAACAGGCUGCAGGAUGCAUUCAGCUCUAUUGGCCAAGCCUGCAACCUGGACCUGCCGCAGAUCGCAGUGGUCGGCGGUCAGAGCGCAGGGAAGAGCUCCGUGCUGGAGAACUUUGUUGGCAGGGAUUUUCUGCCCCGUGGAUCUGGCAUUGUCACUCGCAGGCCCCUGGUUCUGCAGCUUAUCAGUUCAAAUGCUGAAUGGGCUGAAUUCCUGCACUGCAAAGGGAAAAAGUUCACAGACUUUGAUGAGGUUCGCCAGGAGAUUGAGGCAGAGACAGAUCGCGUCACUGGGGCCAACAAAGGCAUAUCUCCCGUCCCCAUCAACCUACGGGUUUAUUCUCCUCACGUGUUGAAUCUGACUCUCAUCGACCUGCCCGGGAUAACUAAGGUGCCAGUUGGAGACCAGCCUGCAGACAUCGAGCAACAAAUCAGGGACAUGAUCAUGCAGUUCAUCACCAGAGAGAGCUGCUUGAUCUUGGCCGUUACACCGGCCAACACUGACCUGGCCAACUCUGAUGCCCUGAAACUAUCAAAGGAUGUGGACCCCCAGGGUCUUAGGACUAUUGGAGUAAUCACCAAACUGGAUUUGAUGGAUGAGGGCACAGAUGCCCGAGAUGUGCUGGAAAACAAACUGCUGCCACUUCGUAGAGGGUACAUCGGAGUGGUGAAUCGCAGUCAGAAGGACAUCGAUGGUAAGAAAGACAUCAAGGCAGCCUUAGAGGCUGAGAGGAAGUUCUUUUUGUCCCACCCAGCUUACAGGCACAUGGCUGACAAAAUGGGCACCCAUCGCCUGCAGAAAGUGCUCAACCAGCAACUAACUAACCACAUCCGGGACACCCUGCCAGCUUUUCGCAGCAAGCUGCAGUCCCAGCUGUUGGCCCUGGACAAGGAGGCAGAAGAAUACAGAGGAUACCGGCCGGAUGACCCAUCUCGCAAAACCAAGCAGCUGUUGCAGAUGGUUCAACAGUUCUCUGUGGAUUUUGAGAAGAGGAUUGAGGGCUCAGGAGACCAGGUGGAUACAGUGGAGUUGUCUGGUGGAGCAAAAAUCAACCGUGUCUUCCAUGAGCGUUUCCCCUUUGAAUUGGUCAAGAUGGAGUGUGAUGAUAAGGAGAUGCGCCGCGAGAUCAGUUAUGCCAUCAAGAACAUACAUGGUAUCAGAACUGGACUCUUCACCCCAGAUAUGGCUUUUGAGGCCAUUGUGAAAAAGCAGAUCAUUAAGCUAAAGGGGCCCUGUAUCAAGUGUGUGGAUAUGGUCAUCCAAGAGCUAAUUAAUACUGUGCGCCAAUGCUCCACUAAGCUGGAAUGCUUCCCUAUGCUCCGAGAAGAAACAGAGAGAAUUGUGACUGCUCACAUCCGAGACAGAGAGAGUCGGGCCAAGGACAAGGUCAUCCUGUUGAUUGACAUCCAGCUUUCUUAUAUAAACACCAACCAUGAGGACUUUAUCGGCUUUGCUAAUGCCCAGCAGCGGAGCAGUCAGACUAAUAAGAGCCAGAGUUCUGCAGGAAAUCAGGUCAUCCGCAAAGGCUGGCUGACCAUCAACAACAUCAGUAUCAUGAAAGGAGGAGCCAAGGAGUACUGGUUUGUGCUGACUGCUGAGAGCUUGUCCUGGUUCAAGGAUGAUGAGGAGAAAGAAAAGAAGUACAUGCUUCCUCUGGACAACUUGAAGGUCCGUGAUGUGGAGAAAAGUUUCAUGUCCAGCAAGCACAUAUUCAGCAUCUUCAACACGGAGUCCAGGAAUGUGUACAAAGACAAUCGCACCCUGGAGUUGGCCUGUGACUCUCAGGAUGAUGUGGACAGCUGGAAGUCAUCCCUCCUACGUGCUGGGGUCUAUCCUGAGAAGACCACUACGGUUGAGAGUGAGUCCUCCACCACCACCUCGGAUAAUUUCUCCAUGGACCCUCAGCUUGAGCGUAAAGUGGAAACCAUCCGUAAUCUGGUGGAUUCCUACAUGGCUAUCGUCAACAAGUGCAUCCGAGAUCUCAUUCCCAAAACCAUCAUGCAUCUGAUGAUCAACAAUGUGAAAGACUUCAUCAAUGCAGAGUUGUUGGCCCAGCUGUACUCGGCUGGCGACCAGAAUGCCCUGAUGGAUGAGUCCCAGGAGCAAGCCCAGAGGAGGGACGAGGUGCUGAGGACCCACCAGGCCCUGAAGGAGGCCCUGGCCAUCAUCGGUGACAUCUCCACCUCUACUAUCACCGUCCCCUUGCCUCCACCUGUUGACACUUCCUGGGUUGGAGGAUCCAGCGGUGGUCGCAGAUCGCCACCGCCAAGCCCCACAGCCCCCAGGAGGAUGUCUUCAGGCCAGCGCCCGGCUCCACGAGGAGCCCCGCCACCACCAAACCGCCCAGGACCCCUGGGGCCCUUUAAUAAUAGUGCUGACAGCCCUCAGGCUCCCAGCCGCCCAAACAGGGCCCCUCCUAGCAUCCCUAGUCGGCGGCCACCUCCAUCACCUACAAGACAAGCCCCAUAAAAAUCAUCAGAAGGGAUGCCUCCUACCCUUAUCUCCUUUCCCUCAUCCACUCCAUCCCUCCUCUCCUAGCCAUGGCUCUGCUGUCCUGGUCUCUUCUUAGUGCAGACACCGAAGUUGUUGACCUCUUUGAACCUAAAUUUCCUGCCAGGUGAUGACGUCCAUAUAUCUAUGUACAGUAUGGUCUUGUAGUGUAUGUGUAUGUGUGCUUGUUGCUCGCCUGUGAUCCAGGUUUGCUUUGCGGGUCCACUACUCAAUAUCAGCUCCCUGAAAUCGUAUCCAUCAUCCUUCACCCCAACUCCACCAACCUCCCGUCUAGUCACACCACACCCCCCCACUUGCUGCUUCUUAAUGAAAAUAUGCUCAGCAGUCAUACUGCCCUCCUCAUUCCAAAAUGCAGCAUGGCACAUAAGCUGCUUUUAUUGCAUGGGAGUGCGUGUAUGUAGAGUGUGUGCGUGUGUGUUUUAUGUGUAUCUAUAUGAGGGAGGGACUAAUUUGCCUAUAUGUAGGCUGAGUUUGAUUUAGUAUUGUAUUAAUUUAUUGUACAAUGCCCCAACCUUAAGUGUUGAUUAUCAGCUUGAUGUUCUCUUAGGAACAGAAGUUGUAUUUUAGUAUAAGUGUGUAUAUGCGUUUUCUGUGUGAAUAAUGCUGUGUAUACAAGUGUAUGUGUGUGUGUAAAUGGGGAGUGUGAGGACAUGUGUGCAUGUGCCGUCUGUCUGCACGUUUGUUGGCGUUUCAGUUCUAUUUGAUUUCAUGGUCAAAGAUGUUAAUGAUGAAUCAUAAAAACCCUCUGGGGGGUCAGUUUAAUGUUUGACUUUUGUGAGCUGUUCCUGUGUUGUGGUAGCAGUCAUACACACAUAGCAAGGCUGAGGAGCACCUCUAGUAUUCUCUAUAUGGAAAACAGCCUCAAUGAUACAUGUAACCUUGUCAUAGGUGUCCACCUGUGCUGUAACAAUGGUCAAACUGUGACCUUUACGGCCUUAAGCUCCGACUCAGAUGCUGACUGGUCAGAUGGAUGGAGCUGCAGCUUGCAAAUGAAUAAAAAAAGAAAGAAAACUAAUUAAUUAAUCUAAAAAAAACCAAACAUGUUUAUCAGUUACGCAGAUAAUACAAAUUCUUUAAAAUGUUUGCAUUUAGUGUUUUUUUUUUUUCAAUUUUGAGCCAUGCAACCCCAUGCACAUCACAAACCUCGACUCCUCUUUUUGCUCUCUUUUUAGAAGUCAGUCUGUCAGGGUUUGCAUCAGAGCUUGAGGUUGUAUUGUCAAUGUUCAAGUGCUUCUCUGUCACUUUGUUAUUGUGUAUGUGGGCCUAAACUUUGUUCUGGUGUAUAUAGGUAAUGAUAAGGAGAUACUGUACCUGUGGACUACUAAGACCUCAUCAAGAAUCCUAGCGCUUUAAUUGUUCUCUAUGUCUCUAUUCACUAUAUGCUCUCCUUUCUCUAAUUUAGACUGCCUUACAGGCACAAAUUACAAUUCUUUAUUGCCAAAGUUAAACACAGAAGGAGAAUGGCUAAGUUUAAAAAGAAAAAAAGCUGCUGAAGACCAGCAACAAAGUGGUUCCAUGUUUAGCAGAGGGCAUAAUGUUAAAUUGGGGAAAUGCAUCAGUUGUUAUUUUCUGUGUCUGUAUCGCUCCUCAAUAAACUUCUUCCUCAUAAUGUC